UUGCUCAAUAAGUUUUUGGUUGGAAAAAAAUCGUCGAAUUCGGCUUUAUAUUCGAAAAAAUGGAAAGAAAAUUUUUCGCGUCGGCCUACAUGGUGUGACGCUGAUAUGGCUUUACAACAAAUUAAUCAAGGUGCAGCAACGGGUAAUCGAACUGCCUUAUAUUCGCGUUCAUUUUUUCAAUAUCUUCUAUUUAAUUUGGGUACGUUUGUACAAGAAUGGGCAUAUACAGUUAUUAUCAUAUCAUUACUAUCUUAUCUGAUAUGUGCAUUUGGUUUACAGAAUGUUCGUAUUGAAACUGAUAUCGUUAAAUUAUGGGUAUCUGAAGGUGGACGACUCGAUGAAGAACUUAAUUUUCUUUCACGAAUUAAACAAAGUGAAUUAAAUUUUAUUUCUCGAAAUAAGCGCCUUACAAAUGAAACACUUUGUACGUUAAACGCUGCCAUCAAACCCGUGAAUAUGAAACUCGAUAAUGAAAACUUUCAAGUGCCUAAAGAAAAUGGUCUAGGUGGCGGAUUUCAGGUUGUUAUACAAACGACUGAGGUCAAAGGUUUCAAUGUUUUAAACAAAAUUUCACUGUUAAAGCAUGUUGAUUUGAUGCAAGAAAUUGCUAAUAUUAAAGUUGAAAUGUUUGGCGAAAAUUGGACUUUAUCGGAUAUUUGCUUUAAACCUCCUGCUCCAAAGUUUGGUACAGGUCCUUUAAGUGGUACUGUUUCUGCACUCUUAGAUCGCAUUAUUCCGUGUAUAUGGAUUACGCCAAUCGAUUGCUUUUGGGAAGGAUCGAAACCACUCGGACCUCAUCCGCCUCUCAAUCUUGGGUCUGAUAUUCAAAGUUUUAUACCAAGUAUACCCAAAGGCGAUAUAUCAUGGAAAAAUUUGGAUCCGUUUGCAGUUGUCAAUGAUAUCGAAGCAAUUUUUGAUAUUGGAACUAUUAAAAAUUUUUUUGAAAGAUCAGGUAUUGGAGGUGCUUAUACCGAUCGCUGGUGUAUUGAUCCGCUUGAUCCUGAAUGCCCAUUAACAGCGCCAAAUGGCUUCGAUCGAUGUGCAGCUUUGAAAAAAUUUAUACAGUGGAACCUAGCAAAACCUAUGGACCAACAAAUUCAACUCGAUAUUGAUUUACUUUCGGGAGAAGUUAAUAUACUUGAUGAUGAAUCGUUUUUUCAUAAAUUAUUCGGUAAUUUUUUCAUAGAUUUUUUUUUUCAUAGACUAUUAAAUUUUUUGAAAACUUCUUUUUCUAGUCUGCUCAAAUGGAUGAAUAAUAAUAGAAGAUUGUGGGAACAAUUUUUAUCUCCUGAUGAACUGCCCGUGUUUCCUGAUUAUGGUCAACUCAUGACUGGCGGAUGUCAUGGUUUUGCAAAAAAUACAAUGAAAUGGCCAGAAGAUUUAAUAAUUGGUGGAGUAAAGCACGAAAAUUACAAAUUAAUUAGUGCAGAAGCUUUUCAGAGUGUUUUUCUUGUCGCUUCUGGUCAAGAUGUUUAUCUUCGUUUUAAGGAUUUGAAGCCGGACGUUAAGCCGAAUUUGGAUUUAAUUUCUUGGAGUCCGAGUAAAGCUAAUGAAGUUGUGGCAGCUUGGCAGCGAAAUUUUACUGAAAAGCUAUAUAAUCAUAAAUGGAAUGAUGAGAAAAAAAAUAUACGCUUGGUUCAUCCACUGGCAGCCACAUCAAUUGAAGAUAUGUUGAAAGAAUUCAGCCAGUUUAAAUUUUUCGUAAUCUUCGUUGGCUAUCUUCUUAUGUGCAUAUAUGCUGGUUGGUCACAACUGAAAUGGGAUGGCUGGUGGUUUGCUGUAGAUUCAUGUGUUGAAUUAAGCAUUCUUGGCGUGUUGCUUGUUACUUAUGCUAGUAUAUCUGGACUUGGAUUGUCAACUUGGUUAGAUAUACAGUUCAAUGCAGCUACCACACAGAUUGUGCCUUUUUUGACGCUUGGCCUUGGUGUUGACGAUAUGUUUUUGCUUUUAUAUAACUAUAACGAGUUAAUGGAUAAGGUCAAGGAUCACGAAAUUGGUGUUUUGAUGAAAGAGACUGGAAUGAGUAUUGUUAUUACUUCAACAAAUAAUAUCAUAGCAUUCAUGGCUGGAACGGUUUUACCAAUUCCUGCUUUAAGAUCAUUUUGUUCUCAGUCCGCAAUAUUAUUAUCGUUUAAUCUGGUCGCUAUAAUGGUUAUCUAUCCAGCUUUCAUAGCAGUCGAUCUUCGUCGGCGAAAAUUGAGUGAUGAAAUUAUGGCGAUUAGUAAUGGAACAAAAGCUAUGAGUGAUUUUUCAUUUUCUUCUCAUGUAUAUCCGGGUCCACCAUCAGUUCAUCCUAUUAUUAAUGGGAAGCCUCUUAUCGAUAAGAAGAAUGAUGUCGAAUGGUAUACAUUAAAUGGAUUCCUUCACCAUUAUUAUAUUCCUUUUUUACAAAAAAGAUCUACCAAGAUGUUGGUAUUAAUUAUGUGUUCAUCUAUGUUUCUAUUCGGAUGUAUCGGGUUAUAUCAUUCGACUCUUGGGCUUGAACUUUCCGAUGUUUUGCCGGAGGGCACUGCACCUGCAGCUUUUCUGCGUGCUCGAGAACGAUACUUUAGUUUCUAUCCAAUGUAUGCUAUACUAAAAGGACCAAAUAUAGAUUAUCCACAGAAACAAGAAUUAAUCGAGCAAUAUCGUUUAGACAUUGCUAAAUCCGAUUUUGUCAUCAAAGUGGACGGUCUUCCAAGUGAGCAGUAUUGGUUAUCUUUAUUACGGGCAUGGUUAAUUUCUCUUCAAGUGCAUUUAGAUAAUGCUUUAAAAAAAGGAGAAAUUGAUAAAUUGACGGGUAAUAUUAUAAACAGUAGUGACACAUCAGUGGAGGUUAAUAUUGCGCGACUUUUAACUUGUUCUGUUGGAAGAGUAUUUAAUUGUUCAGACAGAAUCGGCAAAGUUCGACUUGUUGACCAUAAUGGCGUCAUAAAUCGCGAGGGAUUUUAUAAUUAUUUGACUGGGUGGUAUAACAUUGACAAUAUGAUGUACUAUGUAUCUCAAGCAUCGUUUUAUCCGAUACCGCCAUCAUGGAGCUAUAGCGAUAAUUUGGUGCCUCCAGCAGAACCGCCUGCAUAUAGUCAAAUUCCAUUUUAUCUUACGAAACUUGUUGAUACGCCUAUAAUUGUGGACAUGAUCACAGAAAUCAGAAGCAUAUGUGAGCGAUAUAACGAAAUCGGUUUACCCAAUUUUCCAUCUGGCUUGCCGUGGCAUUUGUUCCUUGCUAUUUGCGUAAUCGCAUCAUCAGUAUUUAUUGUAAUAUCGAUGCUAAUUUUUAAUCCCUGGGCAGCAUUUAUGGUAAUGGUCGUUGUAGUUUCAAUGACUGUUGAAUUAGCAGGAUUUAUGGGACUCGCGGGAGUUAAAUUAAAUCCAGUCAGCGCUGUUACUCUUAUUACUGCUGUAGGCAUCGGCGUCGAAUUCACUGCACAUGUUGUCUUAGCGUUUCUGACAUCUUUAGGAACUAAAAAUGAACGCAUGGCAUCAUGCUUAGAUCAUAUGUUCAUUCCAGUAAUACAUGGAGGCCUCUCAACUUUGUUAGGAAUUUUGAUGCUUGCUUUCUCAGAGUUUGAAUUUGUUGUCAAAUAUUUCUUCGUCGUUAUGUCUGCUCUUAUAGUAAUUGGUCUUAUAAAUGGUCUUAUUUUACUUCCAGUACUUUUAUCCUUAAUUGGACCCCGCUGCGAGAUCCAACCUAUAAGUGGUGGAAAAUAUUUACCUGUUCCUCCACCUUUUUCUCUAAAUAUUUGUAAGACAUUAAAAGGAAUCGAAUCGAAUCCAUCUAACCGUAUCGGAGGAGCUUUUGUCGAAAUGCAGGCAAGUUUUCCGAUUUUUUCCUCAAGGUUCUUAAAUUCACUGGCUGCACAUACUAGUUAA